GAAAAAAUUAAUACCUGCUACAGUAUUGAUGAACCUCAAAAACAUUAUGCAAAGUGGAAAAAAGCCAAACAUAAAAGACCACACAUUAGCCUGGAGUGGUGACCCACACCUGUAUUCCCAGCACUCUGGGAAGCUGAGGCAGGAGGAUCAGAAGUGUGAGCCCAGCCCUGGAAACGUAGUGAACCUGUCUCAAAAUAAAAAGGGGCUGGGGUGUAGCUCAGUGUGAAAGCCCUAGGUUUAAUCCUUAGUACCACAUCUGACAUGUUCCAAAUAGGCAAACCCACAGAGAGAGUAGAUCCGUGGUUGUCUAGGGAGAGGAGUGGGAAUGGGAAUUGAGUGCACACAGGCAGGAAGAGUUUAGUGGGGCCCCAUGAGCGGAAAGACAAUUCAAGGGCUUCCUAGGAUCCUCCAAGUCCGAUGAUGGUGGCUCUUGUGGCUGUGUCUAGACGUCGCCCAAAGCCUCGUGCGGUCACAGGUGGGGCUUCUUCAGAGGUGGCUGGGUCUAGAGUGUGUGACACUGGAACUGAAUCCUGGUGCAAUACUAGGCUCCAGGGCACUAGGAGUAAGGACAUGAGCACUACCCACCCUGGGUAGCCUGGAUAAGAUAGAAGGGGCAGGAAGAUGGUAAGGUCCCUUGCUGCUUGUGCGGUCUCCUCUGCGAUGCCCCUCUGCCACGCGGCAGUCUGCCUUGGAGCCAGCUGACUGUGGACCAAAACCUUGACAGUGAGCUGAAGAAACCUUUCCUCCUGUGGGUGUCCAAUAUAUUCUCUCAGCAAUGAAAAAAGUGACUAAGACAGUGGCUUAGAACUGACAGCACUGGAGGUGGGGAGAAGGCAUCAAGUUCUGUGUAUACUUUUAAAAUAAAACCAGCAAUGCUACCUGAUGGAUUAUCCAUUCACUCAGCAAAUAUUUGUCAAUGGCCACUACGCCCACAGUUUUAGGAGCUGGUUGGCAAAAUAUUGGACAAAAGAGAUGACAGUCCCCAUUGUCAUGGUGCUUACUUCCUUGUAAAAGAGAGACAAUGACCAUAUAAAUUUAAAAAUAUGUAGAUUGCUCCUCAUAGGGACAACUGCCUUGGAAAAGAAUACAGAAUAGAAGUAGAGGAGUACAGGGCCACAGGUCUUGACAUUUCCAAAACUCUGAUUGUGGAACCUUUCCGAACAGACAACAUCAGAGAUGCCACUGAGGCGAGGGGACUGGGGGACCCCAGGCUCCUGGACAAACAGCAGCUGCCCAGGGGCCCAGUGGGCUGCAGGGGCACGGAGGCUGGUGGAUGCUGAGCAGCCAGAAGGGCGGCUGGACCGGAGGGGCUUGUGAGACCCGAGACUGGGAUGGGGGAGACAGGGCCGAGAGGGUGCUGAGGCUGGACGGGAGCGGGAGCGUCGGGGCCAGCGCGGCUGAAGCCGGAGGACAAGCGGGGCAGGGGAGGCCGGCACAGAGACGGGGUACGGACGCCCGCGUCCUGUCCCGCGGCCGCGAUUCCAAAAGACGCCUGACUCUGGAGGCGUCGAGAAACUGGAGCCUCUGCCGAGGGACUGAUAAAAAACCAGAGCCCGCCAGGGAGCGCACGCGGCGGCAUGGCCCGGGAACCCUGGCUGCGCGCUCUGCUCCUGCCCUGGCUCUGCGGGCUCUUGGCUCAGGGGACGCAGGGGCUGCGGGCCGCGGGGUUCCGGGCCGGCCUGAGCCGCUCUGCCUCGGCCCGCCCUGCAGCCCUGCUCCUCCGGCGCCUGGGCGAGCACGUGCGCCGGCUGCCGGGCAGCGCGGGGGACCCGGGCCCCAGGGAGGGGUGGCUGCAGCAGCCGCUGGACCCCUUCAACGCGUCGGACGGCCGCACCUUCCUGCAGCGGUACUGGGUCAACGACCGGCACUGGGCUGGGCAGGACCGACCGGUCUUCCUGCACCUGGGGGGUGAGGGCAGCCUGGGCCCUGGCUCCGUGAUGACAGGGCACCCCGCAGCCCUGGCCCCGGCCUGGGGCGCCCUGAUCAUCGGCCUGGAGCACCGGUUCUACGGCCUCAGUGUACCGGCUGGGGGCCUGGGCCUGGCCCAGCUCCGCUACUUGUCCAGCCGCCACGCGCUGGCGGAUGUGUCCUCGGCCCGCCUGGCGCUGUCGCGCCUGCUCAACGUGACCUCCGCCAGCUCCUGGGUCUGCUUCGGGGGCUCCUACGCCGGCGCCUUGGCCGCCUGGGCCCGGCUGAAGCUCCCGCACCUCGUCGCCGCCGCCGUGGCCUCCUCCGCCCCGGUGCGGGCCACGUUGGACUUCGCUGAGUACAACGCGGUGGUGUCCCGGAGCCUGGCGAGCCCGGUGGUCGGCGGGUCGCCCCAGUGCCUGGCGGCGGUGUCCGCGGCCUUUGAGCAGGUGGAGCGGCGGCUGCGCGCGGGAGGGGCGGCGCGGGCGGCGCUGCGCACCGAACUGGGCGCCUGCGGUUCCCUGUCGCACGCCGAGGACCGCGCGGAGCUGCUGGAGGCACUGCAGGCCCUGGUCGGGGGCACGGUGCAGUACGACGGGCAGGCGGGGGCGCCGCUCGGCGUGCGCCAGCUCUGCGGACUCCUGCUAGAGGGAGCGCACAACGGCAGCCACCCCGAGUCCUACCGUGGGCUGCGACAGGCAGCGCAGGUCGUCAGGCACAGCCUGGGGCAGAGGUGUCUCAGCUUCUCCCGAGCACGGACGGUGAACCAGCUGAGAGCCUCGGCGCCCCCGGAGUCCGGCGUGGGUGACCGGCAGUGGCUGUACCAGACGUGUACAGAGUUUGGCUUCUAUGUCACCUGCGAGGACCCUGGCUGUCCUUUCUCCCAGCUCCCGGCACUGGCCUCGCACUUGGAGUUGUGUGAGCAGGUGUUCGGGCUCUCAGCUUCAUCAGUAGCCAGGGCUGUGGCCCAGACAAACGCCUACUAUGGGGCCCAGGCCCCAGGAGCCAGCCGGGUGCUGUUUGUCAAUGGAGACACAGACCCCUGGCAGGUGCUGAGCGUCACGAGGCCCACGGGACCCUCGGAGGCUGCCCUGCUCAUCCCGGGGGCCUCCCACUGCGCAGACAUGGCCCCUGAGAGGCCUUCGGACCCCGCCAGCCUCCGCCAGGGGCGCCGGAGCAUCUUGCGGCAGCUGCAGGCCUGGCUUGGGCAGGCGCAGGAGGAGAGGCAGGUGGGGGUCCCAGCCUGAAGCCCACACCGCACCCCUCCUUCACCGCGGGACAAAAGGAAGCAGCUUGUCUAAGGAGGAAACCCGUACCCGGGUUCAGCACCCGCCCUCCCGCACCCCGCCUGUAUGCAAGCCCAGCAAGGCCCGAGUAAAGGUUACGGAAAAGCCGGCGCAGACGUGUGCUCAGUGGGUGACGAGCCGCCAUUCUCCCUGCAGAGCCCGCGACUGUGGCUUCCGACCCCGGGCCUCGCCGAACUCCGGCCUCAGCUCCCGGCUCCUCCUCUGGGCGCCUGGGGGCCCCUGGGUCCUGCCUGCGAGUCCUGGCGGCCCCACACUGCGUCUGUCCAGUCCCGGGCUCUUCCUUUUCGCUUUAGUUUCGGUUGUCUGGUCUUCCCGGGUCUGUCGCUAUUCGUCUUCCCAGGCCGCUGUUUCUCUGGGCUUUGUCGCCUCUGCCUGCCCCAGCGGGCCUCUCUGUGGACAUCAGGCCUCGCCUCGCCGCCUCCCCUUCCUCAGCUCCUCUGUCCGCUCGGCUCGCUCUGCCCCGGGCCUCUGACUCACAGUGGUCCCUGCUCCUCUCGGCUCUCCUCCCUCUUUCUCUCUGCCUGUUCCCUCCCUUCAUUGUCUCCCCGCCUCUCUGCUGCCUCCUCAUCCUUGUUGUAGCCGCUCUGUGCAGCUGGAGCGGACACCACAGCCGGGUGAACCGCACGGCACGCAUGUGCCUGGCCGUGGUGCAGAGGCCACGGCGGCCAAAAACUAGGGGCUGUGCCCCGGGGGGGCUGGGGGAGGCCGAACCCGCUCCUGAAGCCCAGCGUGGCCGCCUGGUUGAGGGCGGAGCCUUCAGGAUCCAUCAGGACUCACCUGGGCACUGUCGAGACACAGGGCUUUGGGGACACAUAGCCGCCUCCCCCAAGGUUCUGUCUCAGUUUUUCUGUCACUCUGUCUCCUGCCCUGUGUCACCCACUGCCACUUCUGGCGCUGUGUCGUCCUCCAUCUGGAGGAGCCAGGCUUCUCUCACUGCCCCAGGGCUGGGGUGGGGACCAAUCCCAAGGUCCCCAGGUCCCGUCACCAGGGUAGCCACAGGAGGAGACACCAGCCCUGCCAGCUGGAAACUGGGAGAGAAGCUGUGAACGUGAUCUGUGAGGUCGGCGCCUGCCGUUCCUGCCUCCUAAACUGGAAGCUCAGAUCUCCAGUGAGGACGACGGAGCCCUGCUCCCAGGGCUCCCGGGGCCAGCUAGGCCUGGUUGGAUUUCACUGCAGUCCUCAGGCUGAGGUCAGACUCAGUCCCUCCCUACGCAGCCCCAGGGCUGACACCCACCAAGGGCUCUGGCCUACUGAGAAGUGAAAUGCUUCUGUCCAGCCACAUUCUGGGCUUGCUCUCGGGUUCCCACCUCAUUUUCCAGGCUGCUUCUCUUCAUCUCUUUUCACAGAGGACUGUUCAGUGUGACAUCUGGCUGGGUUUGGGUUUUGCACGGGGCUGGCCUUCUCAGGGUCCCUUCUUGUGUGCUUACAGCACCAGGCCGAGCUCUAAGGCGGGCCGAGGCACAGAUUGUCCUGGUGUUUGGGGUCCACCAUGGGCCUGAGGUGGGCUGGGGGCCUAAUGUUUCAGGGGGCUGAGCCAUCUCAACUUUUCAUCCACAAUCCCUGUACAGCCGGCAUUACUUUCUGUCUGCAUCUGUAUCGAAAAAGAUGGGAAACUUCAAUGUACUUCCUUCCGAUGCUCCUGCUCAGCCUUUGGCCGAGACUGUCCGCUCUGUACUUGGCAGCCAUGGUGACUCUUCCUAAAGAUAAAUCAAACACACUAUCCCCUGCUCAGAUCCAUGCUCAGAUCCCUUGCACACAACUAUGUGAUGUCCACCCUACCCCCAGGGCUACAGCCCUGGUCGCUCUGGCUUUCCAGCGCUCCUCUGAGCUCAGUCCUGUCCCCUCCACCCUGUCCCCUGAACCCUGCCUGCUAGCCACUUGACCUUAUGUGCCUGUGAUCUAAAAUCCAAAGCUGCUUCCUCCUGCCAUUUGCUGUCCCCUCUCCCUAGAGGGCUGCCCCUCUCAAGACCCUGCAGUGGCUGCUUCUGCCACUGAACUCAACUCAAAUGUCACCUCCUCCAGAGCCUACCCUGAUUGCCUUCACACCCAGUCACUCCCUCUCACGUUAGCUAUUUUAUUUUUUACAAGCAUCAUCCAAAAUUACCUCUUUCAUGUCUCACUCUGGCUCAGCACCCUGGACUGGCAUGAAAGGAGCAGGAGGCCCAUUUGGUAAACAUCCCCCGGAGUUCCCUGCUUCAUACCUAUAGGGUGCACAGAGGCUUCUCCUCCACAUGCUUGUCAGGCUGCUGGGUUAAAGACCUUAAAAUUCUCGGCAGGACCAGAGGGGUUGGUAGAUCUGUGGCUUACCUGUUUAUUAUUUUCAUUUAUGGGUGAUGUCAACAAUAUGGGAAAUUUUGAAUUAACAGCAGUGGAAGCAUCAUGUCUUGCUGAUCCCUGAUGUGUCUCACACAGUUCCACCUCUAAACACGAUUGAGUGACACUUUCGCCCUGAGCGCUGUGCUUGGGAGACAUCUGAAUCCAGACACCCACUUCCCCAGUGUACACCCCAGGGCCUGAGCAGUGCCACUUGGUGCCACUUGGUGCUCCCUCUGGAGCCCAGGCUUGCAGUGGCAAACAUCGGGGUGCCCCCAGUGAUCGGCAGAGGUGGUGGUGAUUUCCUGUGGAGCCCCAGUACCCAGAACACUGUGGUUGGGUAUUAGCCCCUAGACAGCUAAACUACCCUACACACAUGAUCAACUAACUCCCCAUAAAGCCACCGAUCCAAGUCCAUAAGGAAGGGAAGUCCUUUGAACGAAGGAUCCUAGAACACCUGGAUAAAAUUGGGGAAAGGAAUUAAUCACACCCAUCCACAGCACACAGAGCUCUAAAUGUGAGCCACCACCAUCAAGUAUCAAGGGGAAAAUGGGAAAA